AGUCAUCAGCAUCUAGCAACAUUUCAAGUACAGAACAUACAGGAUCAACAACUCCUUCCUCAUCUCAGGAAGCAUUACAUAUGGGUAUCAGCAGUAGUAGCUCAAGUGGGGUGAGACAUCGCAGUCUUUCCCAAGCACAAAGCAAUCCAUCGCAAAGCCACCCAUUCCCGUAUAUAAUGCAAGGCAACCAGUUUCCUGGGCAAGGGGUACCAGCUGGAAUCCCAGUAUACCCUGCUUUCAGCCCUCUACAGAUGAUAUGGUGGCAACAGAUGUAUGCACGCCAGUAUUACAUGCAAUAUCAAGCUGCAGUUUCAGCCCAAGCAACACCCAGCACUGAAUCUGCUAGUCCUCCAGUUCAGCAGCCCACAAAUUCUGAACAUGCUCCUGCAAAUGAGCCCCCAGCAGCACCAAAUGUAGCUCCACAAGAGAACAGACCUGUGAAUCAGAACGUCCAGAUGAAUGCUCAGGGAGGUCCAGUAAUGAAUGAGGAGGAGUUCAAUCGAGACUGGCUAGACUGGAUGUACACGUUCUCCAGAGCGGCUAUUCUUCUUAGCAUUGUAUACUUCUAUUCCUCCUUCAGCCGAUUUGUGAUGGUGAUGGGAGCCAUGUUACUGGUUUACCUGCACCAAGCUGGGUGGUUCCCAUUCAGACAAGAAGCAAUACAGCAGCCUGCAGCAAACAAUAUGGACAUGAACCAUGAUGGACAAAAUGUAAAUAAUGCUGGAAUUGAAGAGAUGGAACGCCUUAUGGAUGAUGGGAUUGACGAAGACAGCGGCGAAGAUGUGAUUGAUGUCAAUGCAGACCAGCAUCCUGGCUUUAUGGCUUCUGCGUGGUCCUUCAUCACCACCUUCUUCACAUCUCUCAUCCCUGAAGGACCUCCACAAGUGGGCAACUAAGUAAAAGAGGAACUGUCAUCAGAGACAUAGUAGAGCUAUGAGUUCAUGUGGAAGUUGACUCUUGGGGGGUUGUUUUAAAUACAGUGCAAUUUCAAAAGAUUUAUAAUGUAAACUUUCUAAUCAUGGUGUACAAAAAUGUGUAUUUUUCCCUUUUGGCUUUCUCAUGCUUAUGAAUAUUUUAAGCAAAAGUGGACUACUAAAUGCUUCUUCUUUAAUGAAGAAAAAAUGUAAAAAUAUUGGUCUUCCAUGUUUUUGUUUUAUUGUGUUAACACUGAGAUGAGAUGCUUAUAGUUGGUGUGCAACCUCAUCCCUUGAAAGAGUUGUUAAAUUACAGAUGUCAACAGUAAUGUUUCAGAAGUAAGUUCCUUCGCAGUAAAAUUGAACCUGUGUAAGGAA